GUGGAAUUUUCAUCAAAUCGACAGUCGAAAUUCCUCGGACUCCGAGGACUCAGAAGAAAAUUCUGGAAUUCCUGAUAAAUCCUUGAAGCCUCGACAAUGCGAGAAUUCAAACCGUCAUUGUGCAGCUAUCACUGAUCCCUGAAGAAUAAUAAUCAACUCCUGCAGUAAUCAUCUCCAAAAUCAUAACCAAACGUUUCUCAGGUGUUUCGGUUGUUUCUCAGAUGAAAGCGUCGAAAUUCAAUAACGACAGAAUGGAGAUACCCCUGAAGAAAGUGGAACUGCAAGCUGAUGUUUACAUGACAUGUCUGCAACAUGCAUUGUCAACCGAGAGCUACGAAGUGAUGGGAUUACUCAUCGGCACAUUGAAUAAUGGAGUUGCCAAGAUAUCAGCGUUGAUAAUCCUCCGAAGACUUGAUAAAAAGAAAGACAGAGUAGAAAUUUCACCAGAACAGCUGUUGAAAGCCACUGCUGAGGCUGAGAGACUUGCACAUGAGUUGAAUCGUCCUAUCAGAGUCAUUGGGUGGUACCACAGUCAUCCACACAUAACAGUUUUUCCUUCACACGUUGACGUGGGAACGCAGGCGACUUAUCAAAUGAUGGACUCGGGAUUUGUCGGGCUGAUUUUUUCGGUUUUCUCCGAAGGGAAAGACACGAAGGAGCAGGAAAUCUAUCUCAUGUGCUUUCAAUCCCGUAAUAAUGAAGCUGUUGAAAUUCCCCUGCAAAUUGUUUACACCAAUGAGAUAUCCGAUCGCUGUCUUAAAACGAUGAUUGAGGUUUCCAGAAUUCUCAUCCAAGAGGAAGAGAGUGCAGCAGACUCUUGUGAAAAUAUUACAGACAUUCUGGCAACAAUUUACAACGAUGCAGUAAAAACUCGUCAAUUCACUCACAUAACGGAUAUAAUAACUCGUCCCUUAAUCCAGACCCUGGAGUCACGACUGGAAACAAACAGAACACGUGCCAAACAACUCCGAAAGGAGCUCCAGCUUCUCAAACAACUCCCAAUCGAUUAAAACACGAGGAAUAACAUUUUAAAAGUAUUUUAUGAUUGUCUCUCCAUUGUUCACCUGAAAGAAUGUGUAUUUAAAGUGAGAAAAAAUAAAUGUUUAAAUCUUUUCAUAAUGA